AUGGGCAUUCUCACACUUGCGGAGGAUCGGCCAACGCCCAAGUCCGUUUACAACUGGCGUGUAUAUGCACUCGCCGGCAUUGCAUCAUGUGGUUCCAAUAUGAUCGGUUAUACUAGUGCUUUCAUCGGUACAACUAUCACACUCACCUCCUUCAUGAAGGAAUUCGGCCUCGACGAGAUGUCUUCCACACAACGAUCUCUAAUUAGCGAGAAUAUCGUCUCUCUUUUCAUUGCUGGUGCCUUUUUCGGCGCCCUGGGAACAUACGCCCUCGGUCACUUCAUCGGCCGCAAAUGGAGUUUGGCUGUUGCUGCCACCGUAUUUUUUCUCGGAUCUGGACUACAACUCGGUGCCAACAGUGCCCGAGGGCUGGGUAUUCUCUACGCUGGUCGUGUGUUGUCCGGUUUGGGUACCGGCAUAGCCUCGAAUAUCAUUCCCAUAUAUCUUUCCGAACUAGCGCCACCUGCCAUCCGAGGACGGCUCGUCGGUCUGUAUGAGCUUGGUUGGCAGAUAGGCGGAAUGUUGGGUUUUUGGAUUAAUUAUGGUGUUGAGCAGCACAUGCCUCAAGAGCACGAGCAAUGGAUCAUCCCCUUCGCUAUCCAGCUCGUCCCGUCUGGUCUACUUUUCAUAGGCGCCUUGUGGAUCAAAGAAUCCCCUCGUUGGCUGUUCCUCAAGGACCGUCGCCGCGAAGCGAUGGAGAAUCUUUGCUGGAUCCGCCAAUUGGAGGCCGACGACAUGUAUAUCACCGAAGAGGUGGCUGCGAUCGACCAGGCCCUUGAGCAUCAGAAGAGUUCUAUCGGUAUUGGCUUCUGGAAGCCCUUCCAGGCUCUCGCCACUAACAAGAGCGUCAUGUACCGUCUGAUGCUGGGCUGCAUGCUCUUCUUCUGGCAAAACGGCUCCGGUAUCAAUGCCAUCAACUAUUACUCGCCUACCAUUUUCAAAUCGAUUGGUGUCGACUCCAACACCGUUAACUUGAUGACCGGUAUCUUCGGUGUUAUUAAGGCCGUUAUGACCUUUGUGUGGCUCUUGUUCCUGGUCGAUCAAUUCGGAAGGCGCAAUCUGCUCCUUGUUGGUGCCGUGACUGGAUCGAUCUGUAUGUGGAUCAUCGGUGCCUACAUCUGUGUUGUCAAGCCCGAAGAUAACCCCAGCACGUCUCUGAACGGCGGAGGCAUUGCGGCCAUAUUCUUCUUCUACCUAUGGACUGCAGUCUACACUCCUACCUGGAAUGGUACCCCUUGGGUUAUUAAUUCCGAAUUCUUCGAUCCCAAUUUCCGUUCCCUGGCUCAGGCCGCCACGACCGCGAGCAACUGGCUCUUUAACUUCCUCAUCUCUCGCUUCACCGAACAAAUGUUCGAGAAGAUGCACUACGGCGUGUACUUCUUCUUCGCUGCACUGUCGUUCUUGGCAUUCUUCUUCGCCUUUUUCCUCAUCCCUGAGACCAGCGGUAUCCCUCUUGAAAAGGUCGACCGCCUGUUUGAUUGCAAGCCCGUCUGGAGAGCAAACAAGAUGCUCAAGACUGCCCUCGCGGAAGAGGAGGAGCAGUUCCGCUAUGAGGUUAAGGAGGCUUCGUACCAUGAAGAGAACACUGGUUCAAUUGCUCCUGCGCCUUAA